CUUUCGUUCUCCAUUGUUACCUACCUAGGUAAUAUACAGAUUUUUACUCAAAAGCAGAUGCAAUAUAUCAGCAGAAUACAUGGUUGGAAUGGUAGGCUUGGCAAUUCGAAAUCAUCCUGUCGCACAGCCUUAUCCGAGUCGCGCUUUCCAUCUGUCAACACAUCCCUUGGGCUUCAUUGUUGAACCCGAAUCCAAUGAAUGAGUACCGCCAAUGUCAAACCUCGGCAUAUAAACAUCCUCCGCAGCUCGUAGAGCCUGGAAUGAUAGAUGAAGUCAUAUCUGCUAGAUCUGGAGGCGACUCGCACUCGCAGAGCUCACAGGCCCGGAACUCAAGAUCGAAACUCACCCAUGUACCGAUCAAUUGGGAUGGUUAGAACCCUACCAAUUCUCGUAUCCCAUCAAAUACGUCUCACGCGAUAUCGUCGCCAUUCCUUCCGCAAAAUCCGAACGAUCUCCUCUGUCCAUAGUGGACGAACCGCUCUUUGAAGACUUUACUACCAUCGACCCUGCAAAAUCCUCAGUAGUCGGCAUACCGAAUUGUCUCCCGCCAAUGUAUCUUGAAGUUUCCAAUGUCAAUUCGUCGAAGGUGGAUGCAUCAAAUAUGAUCUUCGGACUACAGACCACCAUGGGACGUCUGAAGGAGACAACCAAGCAUAUGGUACGAUGGCUACCACUUACCAAUGCCAGGCUAUUCGCAAUAGUCAUCGAGACGGAGGAAAAGGCAGCAGAUAGCAAGGAGAUGGCAAAACUGGAGAAGGAACUGCAGGAGCAAGGCAUGAAAGUCAGCAUCAUCCACCCAGUACGACCGAAGGACUCUUUCGCUCAGCGCUAUUUCUCUCUCGUAAACGUCAUGUACUCCGCUCGGAAUAACAAGACUGAAUGGAUGAUCCUCAUAGACGACGAUACUUUCUUUCCCAGCAUGCACGACUUGCAGAUCCUACUGUCCAUAUAUGACACCAGCAAAGAACAAUACAUUGGAUCUCUGAGCGAGGACUGGUGGGCUGUCAACAACUAUGGGUUGAUGGGUUUUGGUGGCGCAGGAAUAAUGAUAUCUCUACCAUUGGCAAAGAUGAUUGACGACCACACGGAUGAAUGCAAAGAACAUCUCCGAACAACAGCGGGAGAUGUCACAGUCAUGGACUGUAUCUACCGCUUCUCUUCCACGAAGCUGACCCAUGUUCCUGGUCUCCACCAAGUCGAUAUGCAUGGUGACCUCUCUGGAUUCUAUGAGUCUGGCCGCGAGAUGAUCUCCCUCCAUCACUGGAAAGCAGGAUUCAAGCUCGAGAUAGAGAAGAUGCAUCUCGUCGCCGACAUCUGCGAUUCUUGCUUCUUACAACGUUGGCAAUUCGGAAGAGAUAUCAUCCUCUCCAAUGGUUUCUCCAUAGUUCAUUAUCCCAACGGACAUCUCAGAUCGACCGGUUUGCGAGGCGGAAAGGUACAGAAGAUAAAUCUGCAUGAGAUGGAGCAUACGUGGGGAGAUAAUAUCAAGGUCUUGCAUAGUCUAGCGCCGCUGAGGGACAAGAUGAGUGAAAGGGACAAAGUGUCUUAUAAAUUGCUGGAUAGUGUGAAGGUUGAUGGGGUGGUGAGGCAGGUGUAUUUCCGGGAGGGUGGAGGAAAGGAGAUGGAUACCGUCAUAGUGCUGAACUGGAGAGCUGGUCCGUCGGAGAAGAAGUCAGUCCCGGCCCCUGAGCUGGUUUCGCGUUAA